UACCUAAAAUACAGCCAAAUGCAUACCCAAUGGCUGCUGCUGGUGCUGCUCUACGCGGUGGCUAUUCAAGCCAGCGAUAUUACAAGUGUUGUAUUUGGUGAUAUUAAGGAAGGUGUUGUGGCAGCUUUUGGUGACUUUAAUUCCGACGAGCUUACUGACAUAUUCGUCAUUCAAGAUGACAGGAAAAUGCUACAAAUACUUUUUGGGGCUGAUACGGAACCGUUGCUACGAAUGGGUCCUAUAUGCUACUUCGGGGCCAGAAGAAUUGUGAGCGUAGUACCUGGCGAUUUCGAUGGCGAUGCUCUGAUGGAUGUGCUGGUCAACGUGGAGAGAAGCAAGGAUAUCAAUGACGUUUACAUUAAUUGGGGCAACUCAACAACGCUCAAUUGUUCCGCCAAACCCCUUUUCCAAACUAAGGGUGAGGCAAUGGCGCUCGAUUUUAAUCAUGACAUGAUCAUCGAUUUGUAUGGACUGGACACAAAUGAUACACGUACCUUCUGGAUUUUUAAUAACAAACGCGAUCCACCGAUUGUUGUGCACCAGGCGAUGCCCACUGGGGGGACCAUUCAAACUCUGACAAUACCCAAUGCAAAUGCAUAUUUGGAUCUAAACGGCGAUUAUCUAGCCGAUCUGUUUUUGCAAACCAAGACCGCCUACGAGAUCUGGUAUGGCAUCAAUGAGCGGGACGGCCAGGAGAACUUCAGCUAUCAGCGUACCAUUCCGUAUGAGUUGGUGGGCAUCAACGACUACGUGGUGGGUCAAGCCGUUUUCAUGGACUUCGAGCUGCGUGGCGUGCAAAAUAUUGUGGUGCCAUAUUGCGUACAGGAAAAUUGCAAAAACUCGACCAUAUUUGUUCAGGAUGGCAGCCUUUUCUAUGAUGUACACGUCAAUUUUAAGGACCCACAGGGCGUCACAUGGGCAUUUGUGCCGCCUGAUGCGAAUGAUGUAUAUCUGAAAACUAUUACUGCACGCAGUGGCGACUUCAAUUUGGAUGGCUAUCCAGAUUUGCUUGUCACACUGCAUCCGUUAAGCGUGGCAAAGCCGGUCAUGCAAACGUUCCUCCUGGAGAAUGUCGCCUGCAAGACGUGCAGCAAGAAAUUUAAGCGCACCUUCGAAGUGCGCUGGAACGCGUUGGCUCCGAUGGGAAAUAACACAGUCGCUGGCGCAUUCUAUGACUUCUAUCAGGAUGGUGUCCUAGAUGUUAUACUCAUAGAGAAGCUGCCGAAUGGAAAUUAUCGUCCACUUGCUUUUCGCAACACGCUCGACUACGACGCCAAUUUCGUCAAGGUGAUUGUGCUCACUGGUCUGGUGAAUCCGCAGAAUCCCACAUCGCGCACUCCCCUGGGGCGCAAGAAGCGCACGUAUGGCAGCAAUUUGCCUGGUCCUAUCAUUACCUAUAGCACAACCACACAGGAUGGCGAUCAGCAAAUUGGCAGUAGUGUCCAACUGCCGCAGUCAUCUUAUUUUGCGCUUCAAUUGCCCUACACAUGUUUCGGUUUGGGUCGCACGCCAAAUUUUGUGGAUCAGCUGGUGGUGGGGCUGUACGGCAAGUUUCACAACUGGACGCAGCUCAUACCCAACUCGCAGAUCAUAGUGGUGCCCAAGCCGCUCGAUCAGCCACAGCACUGGAAAGCGCUGCUCUUUGUGACGCCCAGCAAACUAAUCCUAAUGAGUGUGAUCGCCCUGGGUGGCACUUGCCUUGUGAUUGUGCUCAUCAUCUUGGUGCUCUAUAUUAAGGAAAAGCGAGAGGAUAGGCAGGAGCGUUUGCAAGAGUCUCAUAGAUUCCAUUUCGAUGCAAUGUGAGCAGUUUCAUAACAAUAUUUAAUCAGCCAAUUGCAAAUGCUUUGUUGUGUAUUUAUCUCUUUAAUUUGUUUAACACAAUUUCCCAAUUUCUCAAAAUGUAAGUUGUUUUCUACGUUAAAAAACAACUAAAGCGCAUUCACAGUUGGUUUUAUCUAGAGUUUAGACUUUAAAGUAAGAUAAAGCCGUAUCGUAGAACCAGCUGGGAAUCUGCAUAAUAAUCGU